AUGGCAGCCCUGCCCAAUUACCAGCUGCGCAUCAAGCAACCUCAUCUGUGUGCAGCCAACACAACGCAGUACAGCGGCUACCUCGACACCGACGACGACAAGCACUUUUUCUUCUGGUUCUUUGAGGCACGCAAUGCACCGCGUGACGACGCACCAGUGAUCCUGUGGAUGAACGGCGGUCCUGGCUGCAGCUCGUUCACUGGACUUCUAAUGGAGCUCGGCCCGUGCCGCGUGGACAAGGGCGGCAAGUCGGCAUCCGACCAUGUGUAUGGAUGGAACGACAAGGCACACGUGAUUUUCAUCGACCAGCCGCUCAAUGUCGGGUACUCGUACGGCAAGGACGUCUUCAACUCGAUUGCCGCUGGCAAGGACGUGUACAGCUUCUUGCAGCUGUUUUACCACUCGUUCCCCGAGUACGCCGGCAGCGAGCUGCAUGUGUUUGGCGAGUCAUAUGGUGGCCAUUAUGUGCCAGCGACUGCCAAGGCUAUCCAUGAGGCCAAUCUGGAGUUCACCUCGAAGCAGGCGCUCGGUGCACUGAGUGUUGCCGAGAAGGAGAAGCGUGUUCUGCCGCUGACAUCUAUUGGUGUCGGCAAUGGCCUGACGGACCCGCUGACGCAGUACCGGUACUACGGAAAGAUGGCCUGCAACUCGACAUACCCGCCUGUUCUCCGGCAGGACCAGUGCGAAUCUAUGGACAGCAAAUACCCGACAUGCGCACGGCUCAUCGAGGCUUGCUACAAGUGGCAGAACUCGUUGGCGUGUUACCCGGCCGAAAUGUACUGCAACAGUAUGAUGGUCGCGUACCAGCAGUCAGGCGCCAACCCCUACGACGUGCGGAUUCCGUGCGAGGGCGGCGACCUCUGCUAUCCUAUCAUGUCCGACAUUGACGCGUUCCUGAACGACCCGGCGGUGCAGCAGGAGCUGGGGUCUGAUGUCUCCAAGUUCGAGUCGUGCAGCCAAAAGGUUUACAGCGGAUUCAUUCUCAACGGCGACUGGAUGAAGCCGUACCACCGCGAGGUCCCACCGCUGCUGGAGGCUGGAAUCCGUGUUUUGAUAUAUGCUGGUGAUGCAGACUGGAUAUGCAACUGGUACGGCAACAAGGCGUGGUCCGAGGCGCUGGAGUGGUCCGGCAAGAGCGGGUUCCAGGGUGAGAAGGACAAUGAUUGGGUUGUGGACGGCAAGGCUGCUGGCGAAGCACGCACACACAAGAACUUUUCGUUCCUGCGCGUCUUUGGUGCUGGGCACAUGGUGCCCUACGACCAGCCCGAGAACUCGCUGGACAUGAUUAACCGGUGGAUCGCGAACAAGCCCUUCUACUAG